UGGUUAGCAAAGACUUGAAUUUCAGUCCAUAGAUAGUUUAUCCGCUAAAAAUUUAUGGAUUCAGUUGCAACAAAGAAGCCUCAUGCAGUGUGUGUUCCAGUACCAGCACAAGGCCAUGUCAACGCUAUGAUGCAGAUAGCCAAGCUUCUACACUCGAGAGGCUUUCACAUCACCUUUGUCAAUACUGAGUUUAACCAUAAAAGGUUGGUUAGGUCAAAAGGGUCAGACUCAGUAAAAGGCUUGCCUGACUUCAGGUUCGAGACCAUACCGGAUGGAUUGCCACCUUCAGAUCGUGACGCAACCCAAGAUGUCCCUGACCUUUGUGACUCAACCCGAAAAAACUGUUUGGUUCCUUUCAAAGAAUUAUUGCUUAAGCUAAAUUCGUCGACUGAACUGCCACCGGUUACAUGUGUAGUUGGAGAUGCAUUUAUGAGCUUUUGCAUAAAAGCGGCAGAGGAAUUAGGCAUUCCAGAGGUCCAGUUCUGUCCAGUCUCGGCUUGUUCCUUCCUGGGUGCCCUGCAUUUCCGUGAACUCGUCAAAAGAGGCAUUUUUCCAUUUAACGAUGAAAAUUUCAUCAAUGAUGGUACGCUUGACACGCCCAUUGAUUGGAUCCCUGGGAUGAGAAACAUACGACUGAAGGACAUCCCAAGCUUCAUCAGAAGCACUAACCCCAAAGAUAUCAUGUUCGACUUCAUGGGAGAGGAAGUUCAAAAUUGCUUAAAAGCUCCUGCAAUAGUCUUCAACACAUUUGAUGAAUUUGAACAUGAAGUUUUAGAGGUGAUCGCAUCCAUGUUUCCGAACAACAUUUAUACUAUAGGACCACUUCCUUUGCUAUGCAGGCAUGUCCCUGAUGGCCAAGCCAAGUCAAUUGAUUCAAGUUUGUGGAGAUUUGACUCCAAAUGUCUAGAAUGGUUAGACAACAAAGAACCAAACUCAGUUUUAUAUGUGAAUUAUGGAAGUGUGACAGUAAUCUCAGACCAACACCUAAAGGAAUUUGCUUGGGGGCUUGCAAACAGUAAGCACCCUUUUUUGUGGAUUGUUAGAGCUGAUCUUGUGAUGGGAGAUUCGGCAACUUUUCCUGAAGAAUUUUUCGAGGAGACAGAAGAUCGAGGAUUUAUAGCGAGUUGGUGCCCACAAGAAAAAGUCCUCUUACACCCAUCAGUUGGCGCUUUUCUAACGCAUUGUGGGUGGAAUUCUACAAUGGAGAGUGUGUGUGGAGGUGUGCCUCUGAUAUGCUGGCCUUUCUUUGCUGAUCAACCAACGAAUUGCCGGUAUGCAUGCAAGGAGUGGGGGAUUGGAAUGGAGGUAAGUCAUGAUGUAAAGCGGCACGAAAUUGUGACACUUGUUAAAGAAAUGCUGGAAGGAGAUAGAGGGAAGCAAAUGAGGGAAAAUGCCCAGGAAUGGAAGAAGAAAGCAGAAGCAGCUUCUGAUGUUGGUGGGUCGUCUUACAAUAACUUUGAUAGAGUCAUUAAAGAAGCUCUUCAUUAUACAGAAAAUUGAAACCAGUUGUGGGCAAUUAGUUGCACCUAUUGUGGAAUUUAGAUUAAAUAUGCGAGUGAAAAUGGUAAUACACUACAACAA